GAGGGUCUGUGAGGCCGCAGCUCCCGCUUUCGGGAGUCUUAGCCUAGGCACUGCGGCUGGCGGGGACGCUGACAGGGAAACCAUGAGCGCAGACUCUGUGGGAGAGCGCGCUUGCCUCCGGCGCUACUCCAAACUCCCAGUGUGGGUCGUGGAGGAUCACCAGGAGGUCCUGCCUUACAUAUACCGGGCCAUUGGCUCAAAGCAUCUUCCUGCCAGUAAUAUAAGUUUUGUGCAUUUCGAUUCACAUCCAGACCUCCUUAUUCCUGUGAAUAUGCCAGCUGACACUGUGUUUGACAAGGAAACACUUUUUGGAGAAUUAAGUAUUGAGAAUUGGAUUAUGCCUGCGGUUUAUGCUGGCCAUUUUUCUCAUGUUCUAUGGCUUCAUCCCACAUGGGCUCAGCAAAUCAGAGAGGGAAAACAUCACUUUUUAGUAGGCAGAGACACUUCUACCACAACCAUCAGGGUUACAAGUACAGAUCAUUACUUUCUAAGUGACGGUCUUUAUGUAACUGAAGACCAGCUAGAGAACCAAAAACCUUUGCAAUUGGAUGUGAUUAUGGUGAAACCUUACAAACUCUGUAACAAUCAAGAAGAAAAUGAUGCAGUGUCUUCUGCUAAGAAGCCAAAGCUAGCACUGGAAGAUGCAGAAAACACUGCCUCUACUAACUGUGACUCUUAUUCAGAAGGACUGGAAAAGGACACAGUGACACAGAAGAAGGGCCAAACUUGCCUAGAGCAGUCACGUCCAUGCUUUUCUGAAAGCCAAGAAUGCCAGACAACAGUCAGCACUGGGGAAAUUCUAGAAAUUCUGAAGAAAGGGGAUGCAUUUGUUUUGGAUAUUGACUUGGAUUUUUUUUCAGUCAAGAAUCCCUUCAAAGAAAUGUUCACUCAGGAAGAAUACAAAAUCUUACAAGAGUUGUACCAAUUUAAAAAGCCUGAUACCAACCUGACAGAGGAAGAUUUGGUAGAUUGUGUUGAUACUCGAAUUCAUCAGUUAGAAGAUUUAGAAGCUGCUUUUGCUGAUUUGUGUGAUGGUGAUGAUGAAGAAACUGUACAGAAAUGGGCUUCAAACCCUGGAAUGGAAUCACUAAUUCCACUUGUACAGAGUUUGAAAAAACGGAUGGAAGUACCAGACUAUGAAAUGGUUCACCAGGCUGGUCUAACCUGUGAUUAUUCAGAACUUCCUCACCAUAUCAGCACAGAACAAGAAAUUGAGUAUCUUAUUCAGUCUGUAUAUUAUUUACUGAAAAAUUUACCAAAACCUACUCUCGUGACAAUUGCAAGGUCAAGUCUGGACGAUUACUGUCCUUCUGAGCAAGUUGACACCAUUCAAGAAAAAGUCCUUAAUGUGCUGAGCUCCCUGUAUGGGGCUGUAGACAUUCACCUGGUGUAUUUAGCAGAGUGUUCUCCAUCUUGAAACAACAAAACACUAGGUUCCUAUAACAUCUUGAUGUAAUAACAGGGUUUUCAUUAACUUAUUAUAAAUGAGUCUUCCAGAGAAGACUUUUGUUUUUAUAUUAACUUUGUUAAAAUCUUUCAGAUAGUUUGAAUCUCAAACAGAUCUUAUCAGUUGUUGAAUGAUGACAAUUUUUUUUUUUACAUCAGAUCUACCCACCCCCCCUCCAAUUGAUUGUUGCUUAUUUUUCUUCCUUUCCAUCAUAGUCUUCCUCAUUUUGUGCGGGUUGUUUUUUCCCCCUAGGUCAGUUGAAGUUCAUUCAUUUAUUCACUCAACCAACUGACAUUUAUUGAGCAUUUACAUGUGCCAAACAUAAUUAAGUGCUGGGUAUAUGGUGAUGAACAGGAUAGACAAGGCCCCCUGCCCUCUUAGGGGAUGGCUAAGAAACAAAUUAUGGAUUACGAGAAGUAUUAUGAAGGAGCAACCACAAACAUGUCUUAGGCAUCCUCUUAGUACUCAAGGCAUCCUGGCAGGAUAAGAAAGUAACAUUCUCAAAAGCUACCAAAAAAAUAAAUAAAUAAACUUGCUAGUCCAUGAAAAUGUUGCAGGAAUCCUACCUUUACAAGACUGUCAGGGUUGCUGCAGCUGUUGUGGCAAACUCACAUUAUUGUUGGUAUGGAGAAGGUCUAUUUGAGCAGUCAACAAAACAAAAAUUUUCUUUGCUAAUCAGAAAAGCCCUUCAGGGUUUUUGGUGCCUCCAGAUGAUCAGUAUUGGCAUCGAUUAUCGUUAUAGUUCCUAAGUGCCACUUUAUUGGCAGUCUGAGUUGAUAAUUUCUUCAAAUAAACUAGCUUUUAAUGUAAAUAGUAGAAAAAAAGGUAAAUCCUUAAUUCUGACCUACGGUAAAUACCCAAAGACAUAACUGCCUUCCACCAGCCUCCCCGUGAGAAAGAGACCCUAUCUGAGUCCCUCUAAAUCAUAGAACUUUCCAUUUGCUUAAUUUACCAAAGUCUUCCUGUCUUCAGCAUUCCCCAUGUUCAGCAGUUAUUUUUCACUACAUAAUUUCUUUUUCUUUAAAAGGUAGGAUGGCAUUUAAAGGGGGAAAAAAAAAACAUCCAUCCAUUUCUCAGUCCUAACAUAGCAUUUGUUUUCAUUUUGCAUGUUACUGUCAGGCCUUGACCACAUGUGUACAUGUGCAGCUGCAUGUAACUGCAAUUGUAUGUUACCUAAUUUGAUGGCUAAUACCCAAGAUCACAUUACCAUUGCCACUCAAUAGAUGGCACCAGAUCCCAUUUUUCCAAUGAUGCUAUUUUCCUGCGAAUUUUUCUCGUCACCAAUUUCCCAAGGCUGAUAGCGUGAAUGCCUAUUUCUGUUGUGAAAAGCAAAGCAAAGUGAUUCAGCUUUCUAUUUUGAUAGAACAUUAUGUGCCAAAAAGUUUUCUCUGUAAAAUCAGAAUUGCAAAAGAGUGCUAUUUAUUUUUAAGUUUUGAAAAAAUUUUAUUAGAAUUCUAUAAACGGAUGUUACUUUUAUGAGUAAAUUAUUUUGUGUGCUAAAAUAAAUAAAAAGGUAUGUUUUGAGAUUUUAAAGAUUUAAAACAAAAAACAAAAAUUUUAAAAAUAAAGAUUUAAAAUCAAACCGUAGCACUAGUUAAUUGUGUAUGAUCUCAAUGUGUUCAUAGCACUGAUCUUAUGAGUCUGUUUCAGUAGUCAUUUAUUAUAAUUCCCAUGAACUAGGAUGUGACUCAAGCAUCGUUUUAAUUCAGGUGGAGUAAAAGGGCACCAAUUUCUAUUUUAGGAACAUUCAGAUCAUUUAGUUCUCAUGCUCUGUAAUUCUGUUUGAAUGAAAUUCAGUCCCUGUCUAUUGACUACCACCAAUUUGGUAAAUUAUAUCACCGGACAGUUCAAAUAAGGUGUUUAGUUUAGGGGCACCUCGGUGUCUCGUUUGAGCGUCUAACUCUUGAUUUUGGCUCAGAUCAUGAUCCCAGGGUCGUGGGAUCAAGCCCUAAGUCAGUCUCAGUGCUGAGUGUGGAGUCUAUUUAAGAUUCUGUCUGUCUGCCUCUCUCCCCUGCUCACAUGUCUCUCUGUCUCUCUAAAAUAAAAAAUUUUAAAGAUUUAAAAAAAAACAGUUUAUAAAGACAUCCUUCAUCUGUGUUCUAAAUAUCAAUGAGGAAUACCACAAUACAGGGUUUUGGGGUAUAUACACAUAUCACUGACACAUGAGAUUUUGGCAAGUUCUUGAAAAUGGACUUAAAUGUAAGCAUUGACUAUAGCUUUGGUAUUAACAAGUAUAUAUUUCUCAGUAUUGAGGAAGAAAAGUUUUUCUUUAGAAAUAUUUUCUGUAUGGCCAACAGGCACAUGAAAAGAU